UCUGUGUCCGACUUUUACCGGCCGACAUGUUUUGAUUUGAUUCCCGCCGUUCGAGUACAAGAAGAAGGCCCGUCUCUCCAGUUUUCCUCAAACACCGUUGUUAUUCCAUUUUUGUAUAGAACCAUACAACAGAACCAUGAGUGAGUGGCGAUUCGAUCUCGAUGAUGACCAGGAGGAGGACGGAGAUGAGCAGGGGGAGGGAUCCUGGACAUUUGGGGGGCGAGCGGCUAGCAUCUUUCUGAUUGAUGCGAGUAAGGAGAUGUGUGAAACCUCUGGCGAUGAUGGAGAGGAUGAAGAGUCCUCCUUCAAGAAAGCUAUCAGGUGUGCUCAUGCAACAAUGAUGAGAAAGAUCAUCUCAAGUGACCAAGACCUCAGUGCUGUGGUGCUCUACAACACGAAGGAAUCAAAGAACAACAUUGACGUCCCAAGUAUUUACAUUUUGCAAGAACUUGAGCGUCCAGGAGCAGAGAAAAUCCUGCAGCUUGAAGAACUCAUUGAAAUGAGUGAUAGUAAGUUUGAAAGGGAGUACGGACACAGCAACGAUACCAAUAUCCAUGAAGCUCUUUGGGUGUGUCAGAGUAUCUUCAACAAGUGCAAAAGCAAACUCGCCGGGCAGAGCAUCAUGCUGUUCACCUGCCAAGACGACCCUCAUAGCGGCAAUAACCAGAAGCAGAAACAGGCUCGUCAGAAGGGCAAGGACCUGAACGAAGCUGGCAUUUCCUUGGAGCUCUUGCACAUGGGAACGAGCUUUGAUGUCAACAAGUUCUACAAGGAUCUUAUCAUCCCAGACGACGGUGAAGAUGAAGAGUCGCAAGAAAAAGAAACCCUCGCAGAUCCUGCUAGUCGCUUCGAGGAGCUGAUGGACAGAGUGAAGCGGCUGGAACACAAGCAACGCACCACGGGAAGAGUCACCUUCACCUUGGCACCUGGAGUUGAAAUGGCUCUUGGAGUGUACACCACUGUCAGGAAAAUGAACAAACCAUAUAAAGUGAAGUUAUGGAAAAACACCAAUGAAGAAGUAAGAUAUAUGAAGAAAGAAUACUUAGAGGAGACUGGUGAGCUGUUGAUGCCAUCAGAUUAUGUGAAAUACCAAGUGUAUGGAGGGAAGAAAAUCAAAUUUUCUUUGGAUGAAUUGCGUAGUAUGAACCAGGUGUAUGAACAAGGAAUUGAACUUCUUGGAUUCAAGUCAAUUGAAAGUAUUAAACCUUAUUAUCACAUCAAGCCAGCAAAUUUUUUGUAUCCAGAUGAGAAAUCUGUUCAAGGAAGCAACAAGGUGUUUGCUGCUUUGCUGGACCGUUGUUUGGCUCGUAAAGUGGCCCCCAUAGUGCGCAUGGUGGCUCGCAGGGGAUCCUCGGUCUCGUGGGCAGCCCUCAUCCCGCAGAAGGAAGAGCUGGAUGAGAAGAACUGCCAGAUCAGUCCUCCUGGAUUUUAUGCCUGCCACCUCCCCUUUGCUGAUGAUUUCCGCAACAUCGAAAUUGAAGAUGUCACACGAGCUUCAGUAGACCAGGUUGAUGCAGCCAAGGAUGUGGUGAAGAAACUCCACUUCAAGUACUCUCCAGAGAACUUUGACAAUCCUGACAUACAGACACACUGGCGGAACAUCGAAGCUCUGGCAUUGAACAGAUCCAAUCUGGAAGAGUUGGUGGAUUAUACUGUGCCAGAUGGUGAGCGAAUACGGAAGAAGGCAGGCAGCCUGAUCGAGAGCUUUAGGGAGAUGGUCUAUCCUCCAUCUUAUGAUCCGAAUGCAGCCCCCAAGAAGCGUCCGGCAGCCAGUGGUACAUCAUCGGCACCCAAGAGAGCAAAGCCAGAUCCAGCGAGUGUGGAUGUCGAGCAGAUGGCCAAGGCUGGAAAGGCGGACAAGCUAACUGUCGACGUCUUGAAAAGCUGGCUGCAGGACCGAGGUAUAAAGGUCACAGGCAAGAAAAAGGCCCAGCUUGUGCAAGAUGUGGUGGAUGAAGUCGGCUCAUAAAUGAAUACCGAAAGAAUAGAUUGUUGAUCAUUCCCAGUGGCGGUGUAAAUGCAGUAGGCUGACUUGGUGUAGCUCAGUACAAAGUGUGUUCAAUAUGCCUCGCACACUCAUUUUUGCAUUUUUGUUUAGUUUUUUUGUUUUUUUGUUUCAAGUGCCAGUUUGUGAUGCUAAUGUUUCAUUGAUAUAGUUUUGGAAUUUUUGUUUUUGAAUUAAGCUUGUAGUUAUGUUUUUUUUUUUUUUUUUUUUUCUGAAAAGUAUGCUGUAAGAAACUUUUAAAAGAUUUUUCUUAUUGUUCAAUAGAUGUAAAUGAUAUGGAUUAGAUAGUGUCACUGAGUGCUGCACAUUAAUUGUAUUAGGUGAUAUUGAGAGGUACUUAUUAUUUGAUUAAGAAUGAAUAAAAUCAAUAGAUAGAAAAUAAUGAAAGUAGUUUACAGGGAACAUUAUUAUCAAUAAUAAGACUUUGGUUUUACUAUGUACUGAGUAUAUUGGCCUAUCACCCUUUGAAUUAUUAUUAAUACAAGUUGUAUUUGUCUGAAAGCACAAGUGUGUGCAAAUGUGAUUAUUUUCAUAGAUCAUAAGGUAGAUAAAAAUUCUUAAAAUGUUUGUGAUAUUUAUAUGUGAUCUUGUAUGAAAGUUUCAGUGUUUAUAAAACAAAAUUUUCCCAUGAUUAAAUCAAAUACUUUUUCAUGAACACAUGUUGAUAUGUGAAAGAUGCUAUGGAACACUCAAGUUUAGGUGGCCAGCUGAAGAAUACAUUAUUUGUUUUGUUCUUCUCGCUUAAAAAUAUAUAUUGUACAUUUUCUAUUGCAUUGUAAUACAUACAGCUAAAA